UCCGGACCCCAUCGCCUGUUCAAGCGGUUAUAACUCAGAUCCUUCCUGACCCGAAUAGGUUGGUGGUGCAGUUUAUAUAUAAGUAAAAACUCAAAACGAAAUCGCGAAGAAAUUUUGAAGUGAAAACUAAGACAUGAGACCUAACAUUGUUACCGAGGCAGGAUUGCCCACUAGAGUGGCGCAAUGGUGGGAAAACAUUCCAUUCCUAACUUCAGCAGUGGUGAUCAUUUGUGGGACUAUUUACUUUAUUUGCCUUUUGAUUGGAUAUGACUCCUUUUAUGAAGUAUGCUUCUUGCCAUCUGCUGUUAUAUCACAAUUUCAAGUUUACAGGAUUUAUACUUCUAUUCUUUUUCAUGGUUCGCUGCUUCAUGUGUUCUUCAACAUGCUGGCUUUGGUACCACUGGGUUCUGAAUUGGAGAGAAUCAUGGGAUCUAUCCGCUUGCUAUACUUAACAGUUUUAUUGGCUACAAGCAAUGCUAUAUUUCAUCUAAUUAUUGCAUUGCUGGUAGCUCGUAAUCCUUUUCAUCAAUUUCAGUAUCUCAUGGAUGAGUGUGCCAUAGGCUUCUCCGGAAUCUUAUUUUCAAUGAUGGUAAUAGAAACAAGUUUGAGUGGAGUCCAGUCAAGGAGUGUGUUUGGUCUCUUUAAUGUUCCUGCUAAGUGGUAUGCAUUUAUCUUAUUAAUAGUAUUCCAGCUUCUCAUGACGAAUGUCUCUUUACUUGGACACCUAUGUGGGAUCUUGUCCGGAUUUGCGUAUACCUAUGGCAUAUUCAACUUUCUUAUGCCUGGAUCAUCUUUCUAUUCUUCCAUUGAGUCCUCUUCUUUGCUUUCCUCUUGCGUGAGGCGUCCUAAAUUUAUUAUGUGCACUGGUGGGAAUCCAACAGCGCAUAUACCCACAUAUGCGGGUCAAAAUACAACCUCCAGUGGAUUGUUAUCUGGAAACAUGUGGAGGAACUUAUCUUCAUGGAUGCCUCAAAGGGAAACAUCUAUUCAGUCAAUGCAAGACAGCAGGUUCCCUGGGACAGGAAGAACACUUGGUUCUGCCAAUAGUACCGCUGUAAAUUCAGAUUCGAACCUGCAGGCUAGACUCUUGGAUAAUAGCAACUCAGAUUUGGCUGCAAUGGGCACAGUAGAUAGACCGUCAGAUGGAAGGCGGUCAGCUGCUGAAAAUGCAGUUGCAGUGGCUGCAGAAGGCCCUACACGCCAUCAGGAUUCAGUUGCUUCUGAUGAACAAAUACAAAAACUUGUAUCUAUGGGUUUUGAGAAGACACAAGUAGAAGUCGCACUAGCAGCUGCUGAUGGGGAUCUUAAUGUUGCUGUUGAGAUUCUCAUGAGCCAACAGGGAUAAACUGUGAAACAAUUAUCUCAUUGCAGGGAUAAACUCUGCCAACCUAUUUGCAGUCUAUUUUGUGGAUACAAUGUGCAUUGAUAUCAUUUUUGGCACAAGUAGGUCGAAAGAAGAAAAUAUUCUGAGCAAAAAACGAUGGCUAACUUCUGUUACAAGAAAGCGCUAGAAGACUUAUAUUCUUGUAGGAUAUAGUUGCAUGAAUAUUGAAAUUCAAUCAGAAUCCGAAAGACUGCUGUUAUACCGACAAUUUUUAAUUCCUUUUGUAUCAAUUUGAUAAUAGAAUUGUUUAUCAUUUGGGCGACUUGUACAAUUCUAGUAUCUUUAUGGCUGUAUAAAUGUUUUGACAAGUUGUACAUUACAUGUAUACAAUUCCUCGAGCUUGACACUUUGAAUCCCA